ACUUCUUCAUCUCCUCCCUCUCUGUCUCUCAACUCCAGAGAGACUCUCUCUCUCUCUCUCUCUCUGUAUGUGUGUGAGAAGAGAGAGACUCAAAGUUGUUAGCUCAUUCACACGCUUUUAGCUUUGUAAUUUCUAUUUUCUCGGAAUUCACAAAACAGAAAGUUUCAACCUUUACGAAAAUUAGGCCGAAAGAAACAAUCUUUGAGUUUUUUUUUUUGGAUUCCUUCUUCUUCUCUCUCCCCUUCUCUAAUGGAUUCCAGAGAUAACCCACCACAACCACCACCGUCACACCUUCAACCUGGUAUGUUAAUGUCUCAUCAUUACCGUAACCCUAACGCCGCCGCUGCUUCUUCUGCAUUGAUGGUUCCCACUUCCACAUCUCAAUCGAUCCAACAUCAUCAACAUCGUCUACCUUUUGGUCAUCCUCAACAACAACAACAAUCUCAAACGUUUCAACAACAACAAAUGGAUCAGAAGACGCUUGAAUCUCUUGGAUUUGGUGAUGGAUCGUCGCCUUCUUCUCAACCGAUGCGAUUUGGGAUCGAGGAUCAGAAUCAGAAUCAUCAACCACAAGCCAAGAAGAAGCGAGGUAGGCCUAGGAAGUACACUCCUGAUGGUAGCAUUGCGUUGGGUUUAGCUCCCACGUCUCCUCUUCUCUCCGCCGCUUCUAACUCUUACGGUGGUGGUGGUGGUGAAGGUGGUCUUGGAGAUAGUGGAGGCAAUGGUACUAACUCUGUUGAUCCACCUGCUAAACGAAACAGGGGAAGACCUCCUGGUUCUAGCAAGAAACAGCUUGAUGCUUUAGGAGGAACUGCUGGAGUUGGGUUUACACCUCAUGUCAUUGAAGUUAAGACAGGAGAGGACAUAGUGGCAAAGGUGAUGGCUUUUUCGGAUCAAGGGCCAAGAACAAUAUGUAUUCUCUCUGCAAGUGGUGCAGUUUGUAGAGUGACGCUUCGUCAAGCUUCUCAUUCUGGUGGAAUCAUUUCUUAUGAGGGACGGUUUGAGAUCGUUACUCUCUCAGGCUCGUUCUUGAAUUAUGAGGUAAAUGGUUCAAUGAACAGAAGUGGUAGCUUGAGUGUCUCUUUGGCUGGACCCGAUGGCCGGAUUGUAGGUGGCAGUGUUGUUGGUUCACUUGUAGCUGCAACACAAGUCCAGGUCGUAGUGGGAAGCUUUGUUGCGGAAGCAAAGAAACCUAAACAAAGUAGCGUUAACAAUGCUAGGGGCCAGAAUCCUGAACCGGCUUCAGCGCCUGCUAACAUGUUGAACUUUGGAUCAGUCUCUCAAGGACCAUCGAGCGAGUCAUCAGAAGAGAAUGAGAGCGGUUCUCCAGCAAUGCACCGUGACAGUAAUAAUGGGAUUGAUGGAGCUCAACAACAGCAACAACCUCUUCAUCCUCAUCAGAUGCAAAUGUACCAACAUCUUUGGUCUAAUCAUGGUCAAUGAAAUGAAUUUGCUGCGGAAACCUAUCUCGGUUUCGGUUUUGGUUAUGGUUAUGGUUAGGGUGGAAUUGAUCUUUCUUUCCGUAGUCUGAUCUCUUCUCUGCUGCUUACACAAUCUUAAGAAGAGACUAGCUUCAUGUCGUUCUUUGUAGCUUUUUCUUUUUAGGGGUUAUUAGAUAAAAAAAAUAUAGUGAGAUCUUGAAAUUAGUCUUCUUUCAGGGUUUUUUGUUUUUGUUUUUGGGACUUUAGUUUCUCAGUCAUUAUAAUUAUCUUUUUACUUU